AUGUCCACAUCUUGUAUUAUUUUCGAUUGGUCUACGGGUAAUGUUCGUUCAUCAGAGCCUAUUGUCAUCGUAUCUAUAAUUGCUGUUAUCAUUCACAGUAUAUUUUGGAUUCAAGUAUUAGCAUGGUCAUCAUUACGGCAGCGAAAUAUGAUGUGGCUUUAUGCUUAUUUAGUUACUAGUUUUCUUCUACUUUCACGAUUCUUUAUUUUGUAUGGUAUACAUCGAUCAGAUGUGUGCUUAUUUACAACAUUUCGAACUGUUUUGUGUUAUUUUGAAGCAACAUGGAAGUUUUAUAUCAAUACUAUGCAAAGUUAUCUUCUAUUAGCAUUUAAUAUUUGUCGGUAUAUGCAUAUUGUUCUUAAUCGAAAUAUUUAUACAGAAAAACCUCGUUUAAUUGUAUUGAUACAUUUCCUUAUUUAUACUUUACCCGCACUUAAUCUUAUGAUUCCAUUUCUUGCUGAUUGGAUACGAAUACGGCGUGGAACUGAUGGAUCUUGUGACAUUAUAUAUUUAUCAUUAACAGUUCAAAUAUUUAAUCUAUUUGUAAUCUAUAUUAUUCCUCUUCUCACUAAUAUUAUUAUUCUAGGCCUUGGUAUACGUCAUGUUAGUUCAAUACGAGGUGUUGUAAGCGAACAAGUUAUUCUUUAUCGUCGUAGACGUCAACGAAUACUUCUAUUGAAAGCAGUAGCAUUUUAUUCUAUUUGGCUUAUUUUAUGGAGUCCAGAUACCCUUGCUUGUCAAUUUAUUGAUGUCAAUAGUGACCCAGGCGUUUUUACUUCUUUAUUGAGUUAUAUAGAAAUAGCUUUAGAUCCAAUUCUUAUUACAAUAAUUGACAUUCGUUUUUUGACAAAGUUGCGAACAUUAUGGAAAAAAAUAAAAAGAAAUCGACGAAUAGACGCCAUUUCACGAUAA